GCCGCUCCGCACCGCCGCACUCCGCGCCGCCCCGGGACCCCGCCGCCGCCCCGCACCGCUCCGCCGCGCCCCGCUGCUCCGCACCGCUCCGCCCGCCCAUGGUGCUGCCCGGGCCGCCCGGCAUGUCCCGCUCCGAGGAGGUGCAUCGCCUCACCGAGAAUGUCUACAAGACAAUCAUGGAGCAGUUCAAUCCCAGCCUCAGGAAUUUCAUUUCUAUGGGGAAGACCUAUGAAAAAGCCUUAGCAAGUAUGACAUAUGCAGCGAAAGGAUACUUUGAUGCUCUGGUUAAAAUGGGAGAGUUGGCCAGCGAAAGCCAAGGAUCUAAAGAAUUAGGAGACGUUCUCUUCCAGAUGGCAGAAGUCCACAGGCAGAUCCAGAAUCAGCUGGAAGAGAUGCUGAAGUCCUUCCACAACGAGCUUCUCACGCAGCUGGAGCAGAAGGUAGAACUGGACUCCAGGUACCUAAGUGCCGCGCUGAAAAAGUACCAGACGGAGCAGAGGAGCAAGGGGGAUUCGCUAGACAAGUGCCAGGCGGAGCUGAAGAAGCUGCGGAAGAAGAGCCAGGGAAGCAAGAACCCGCAGAAGUACUCGGACAAGGAGCUGCAGUACAUCGAAGCCAUCGGCAGCAAGCAAGGCGAGCUGGAGAACUACGUCUCCGACGGCUACAAGACGGCGCUCACGGAAGAGAGGAGACGCUUCUGCUUCCUCGUGGAGAAGCAGUGCGCCGUGGCCAAGAGCGCUAUCACCUACCACGCCAAGGGGAAAGAAAUGUUGACGCAGAAGCUUCCGCUGUGGCAGCAGUCGUGCUCGGAUCCCAACAAGAUCCCGGACCGCGCUAUACAACUGAUGCAGCAGAUGGCUGCCAGCAGCAAUGGCACCAUCAUGCCCAGCCCUCUGUCUACAUCCAAAUCAAACCUCAUCAUCUCUGACCCCAUUCCUGGUGCCAAACCUCUCCCUGUCCCCCCGGAGCUGGCACCUUUUGUAGGACGAAUGUCAGCACAAGAGACUAUGCCAGUGAUGAACGGAGUCUCAGGCGCAGACAGUGAUGAUUACAGCCACUGGUCUGAGAUGAAGCCAGCACAGCCUCAGAAGCAGCUGAGCGACUCUUACUCGAAUACGCUUCCCGUUCGCAAAAACGUUCCGCCGAAAAACAGCUACGCAUCAGCUGAAAACAAGACGCUGCCGCGCUCCAGCUCCAUGGCCGCAGGGCUCGAGAGGAACGGCAGGACGAGGGUGCAGGCCAUUUUCUCUCAUGCUGCUGGGGAUAACAGCACCCUCCUGAGCUUCAAGGAGGGCGACCUCAUCACGCUGCUGGUGCCGGAGGCCAGGGACGGGUGGCAUUACGGGGAGAGCGAAAAGACAAAAAUGAGAGGCUGGUUUCCUUUCUCUUACACGCGGGUCCUCGACAACGAUGGAAGCGAACGGGUCCAUGCCAGUCUGCAGCAAGGGAAAAGCAGCAGCACGGGCAACCUGCUCGACAAGGAUGAUAUCGCCAUCCCGCCGCCAGACUACGGCAUGUCCUCGCAGGCUUUUCCGUCGCAGAACGUCAACACCUUCAAGCAGAGACCGUACAGCGUGGCAGUGCCUGCCUUCUCCCAGGACUACCUUAUGCCCUAUGGUUGUGCAAUUAAAGACUAUUCCAGUGGCCUCUGCCAACCACCAUCUGCUCACUACAAGCCUUACACUAGGUCAACAGCUGGUCUCGACGACUACGGAACGAGGUCUGUUAGCAGCCCUGAUGUUGAAGUGGCCAGGUUUUGAGCUGCCCCUGACCGUAGUUAAAACCCCUUUGCCAACGUCCAGCUGAAGCCGACGGUGACGAACGACAGGUCGGCGCCUCUCCUCAGCUGAGCCCGGGACGGCCGCCGCUGCCGCACAGCUGGGCACGCGGUGCCUUCUCGCCGCCCUUUGCAUGUCUGGCUUUCCCGAGCCCCGUUUUUAGGCAGAGUUCGUAUAAUCCUGCUGCUUCGAAAGCCAAAGGCUAAAGCUAGCGCUCUAUUUUCUCUUCUCUAGACCCAGCUUAUUCGUCUCAGCCGUAGAGGGUUAAACCAUUACCGAGCAGCCUGUGCUUUGCAUGCGCAGAAGUAGGACAGGGCUUGUGGCCCGGAGCGCGCGGCACGUGUCCCAGGCCAGGCUGGCGUCCGGGCUUGGCCGCAGCGGUGCUCGGCACCGAGCCGCGUGUGCCGGUGCUGCCGCGAGGGCAGGCGGGAGGGAGCUGCGGGCGCGGAGGGUUCGGGAUGCCCGGCCCGGCUCCCGGCCGAGUCUCUGUAUAUAGUAGGGUAUUAUGGUACUGCUGUAACAUAUAAGCUAGAGAAAUACUUCAGGGGUGGCAGCUCUGGUCACUCCGCAGUGUUACCCCCCACCGUCCCCUGGUCCCAGCGCACGGAGGCUGCACGGCCCCGAGGAGGGACCUGGGGGCAGUGGGCAGCCCUCGGCCCUGCAGCCUGCGGCGGGGGCAAAGGCAUUUGGGCCCCCCUUUCCCAGACCCCCCCCCCCGCCUUGGAGCAGAGGUGCCCAGGGCUCCCGGCUGCGUGGCCGCGCUCGCCACUGCCCCACGGUCCCGCUGCUGCCGGAGCAUCGCGGCCGCCCUCCCCGAGCCCUGGCGGGGCCCCGGCACGCGCUCCCGCAGCCCCGGCGCCUGCCACGGAAACGGGGAGCAGGGUUUUCCGAGCGGGAGCCGCAGCUUUUCCGAGCGAGCGGCCGCCCGGCUCUGGCAUUGCCGGUGGGACGAGGCAGCAGCGAAGGAUCGCUGGCACCGUGCUGGGGGGGGCAGCGCCCUCGGAGGUUUUGCCUUUUCCAUUCUCUUUGUCAUUUUGCACUUUUUAAUCGCUAGAGCUCAGAGGAAGGUUCACGGGUGGGUUUGACGGUAGCUUUAGCCCGGGAGCGUGUGAUGAGCAGCAGAGACCCAAACGCGUAGGUCGCUGUCUGUCGCUGUAAAGGAGCGCGCAUCUCCCAGCUCGAAUCAGUCGCCGAUCGCUGCCGCUGCCCUCCGCCACUUCCCCGGCUCCCCCGAGGACGGCGUCUUCUCCCGGCUCUGCCUCGACGCCGUCUAACCGCAAGGGCUAGUUUCUAUCGGCGCGGGUCGCGGCUUCCUCCCGCGGGGGCUGCGGCUGGGAAUCGCCCCGGGCGGGAAUCGCCCCGAGCCGCCGCUUGCCUUAACUCGGCCCCCGGGGCCCCCGGCCAGCACCGGAGCUGCCGCGAGCGCGUUGGGCCCAGAGCCGUCCCGCUGCACCGGUCCGGGGUCGCAGGAGCCGCGCUGGGACCGGGGCCGCGGGCAGCAGCCCUGCUCCAGCCAGCCCCGGGGCUUCGCCGCGCCUCCUGGCUCGGUGGCACCUGCAAGAUGUAACCUGAAAUAAUUUUUUAUGAAAAAGUAAUUUAUGAGCAAUAAAAUUCCCCCCCCCC